AUGGAAAAUUACACAUCAAUGGACGCUGGGAAAGACACGGCACGGUCGGCACCUACUCAGGAGUCACACACGGAAUUCACAUUUGUUGAAGAUAUUAGACAAAACAGCGAUGCCAAGUUGGACAUUGACAACAUUCCAAAGAUGGAGGGGCCAGACAUGGAAAGCCUUGGACAGAUUUUUGAGCAAUGCAUCCAGCAGGUGUCCCGUUUGGAGAUGCGGAGGGAUGAGUUGAUAAAAGAGCUCCUGUUUCUGCAUGAGCCCAUGAUGAGAGUUGUGGAGCACUUGAGAGGAAAGCUCGUAGAGAAGUGGAGGAUGGUCACACUAGCUCAGAUGGAUUACAUGGUUGUGUUAGAGGAAGUGCAGCAGGUGAAAAGGAAACUCUUCAUCACUGCCAGAGACUGCAUCAGGAGUCAAGUGACACUGGCUGAACAAGAGUACCAGGUGGCUCAGGCAGCACUUACAAAGGAGGAGCUCAAGGCCGAUGUCCAAAGCUUGACAGAGGAGUUGUUUCAGCUGCAGGACGCCCACCGGAACCAGCUCAACAUUUUGAAGCAUCAUGCCAAAAAGCCCUACAGACCGAGAGCCAUGAGCGAUGUCAGCCAGUGCCGCCAAGCCUCUGUCCGCCUGCAGCGACGACUCAGCAUCAACAUGAAGGAGUUGGAGGGCUGGUAUGAGCCUCGACUCAUAUCACUCCUGAAGAGGAGGCAGUUUGGAGAGAAGGCCUUAAGAAUGAGUAAGGAUCAGGCAGUGGGCCUGAGGGCUCAACUGGGGAUCCUGAAAGAGGAGGCACAGAGACUGGUGGAGAAGAGAUCUUCAAUGGAGCGAACAAUCAGCCUGAUGGAGCAAGAAAGGGAGGAGAUGAUCACACAACACAAGACUCUGUGAUAAACCAAGUGAAGCUCCUACAAAGGAACAUCCCGAAGAUGCUACUUGCCAGUCCACUUAAUUCUGACCAGACCAGUGAACUGCUUUACAUGUCAUU